GUGGCGCGUGAUAAAAAAACUCCAUCAUUUGCACGUGUGGUUCACUCUCCCCCAAACAAACCUAGACAGAAGUCGCAGAACUCAAGUCAACAACUAGACGUAGUCACCUUACGCGAAAUCACAUUAAACAAAGAAAGAAAUCACCUACACACACCAAACAAAUGCUAAUUUAUUACAUUAAUCGCCUGCUUCAAAAAUCACAUCAUCUCUUAUCAUAUCAUCAUCAUCAUUUUCUGCACUAAAAAAAUGGCAGAGAAUUCGAUUCUGUUCUGCUUCCCUUCUUGUUAUUUUACGAUCCUGUCACGUCUUUUCGUGUUCUUUUCCCUUCUUUUUUGCUGCUCUCAUUCAGCAAAUCAGUUGGGUCCGUACAAUACAUUUACUGUUUCCAGUUUUAGUUACCCAACAACUAAUGUCAGGCCGUUUGAUUUGCGUUACAUACGAGUUGAUUUGCCCGCGUGGUUCUCUUCUGUGUCUAUAACAGUGCAGUCGGACGUAGACCUUGAUGCUAAAAGCAUAUCAAAGGUUCCUAAGAGCACACUGCCACUCAUCUGCAUCAGAGAUGGCAGUCCUCCUCUGCCAGAUGUCUUAAACAGUUCCCUUAUAGAACUAGGAUCCUUCUCUAAUGGCUCAUUUCAAAGAAUUCAAGGUCCUCAGAAUGUGCAGUGCUAUCCAAUGCAGAGAAAUAUAACAGCGACACUCACAAAUGAGCAGAUAUCUCCAGGAGUUUGGUAUCUAGGUCUUUUUAAUGGCAUUGGACCUACAAGGACACAAUCAAAAAUGAUUAUCCGUAGCCCAUCAUACUCCUUUAGUGCCAACAUCAGUGUGGAAGGAUGUGCAACAUCAACAAUGUGGGGACAGUAUUGCAACCAGACAAUUGACCCUUUUUCAUGUUCUCAAGCUUACAGCUACAAUCCGACGGAAAUUUUUUCUGGUGCUAACUUACAGACAAUACAAAAUGUGGUUUCAUGCAAAACUUUUGAAAGUUAUUGCCAUGGAGAAGGUGAGCCAAAAGUAUAUGCAUUGGAGGUGUUGGGAAUAGCAGAACAAUUAAAAAUUGUGGCAGCAAAUGUCAGUUUCACUGCUGCCCCAACAAAUAGCACUGGUAAUGCUAGUGUUGCUAACUUAUUGUAUUUCGCUCGGCAUGGUGCAAUGCCUUCAAUGGCACUGUAUGAUUAUUCUGGUGACAUGAGUAAAGCUCCUCUUAUCAUUCGUAAGCCAAAGGUUGGUCGAUGGUUUGUUACUAUUUUACCCACUAAUCUUUCAAAAGAAGUUGGAGGGAUUCAGAAUACUAACAUGCAAGUUUGCUAUUCCAUUACAUGGCAAUUGCUUAAUUGUCCAGUGGGGAAGGCUGGAUUGAAUUGCUCUUCAGAAAAAUACAUGCUUCAGACAGUUCUCAGGAGAGACUCCACACCCUUUGAAUCCUAUUAUUUGCCCCUCAGUGGAAAAGUGUCCCCAGAUUCAGCUGAUUUUCCUCUUGAACCCCUUUCAAGCAAUUCCUCAUACAGCAAUGAAACAGAUACUUCUUGGACGUAUUUUCUCUUGAACAUUCCUCGUGGUGCAGCUGGAGGGAACAUCCACAUCCGGAUGACUUCAGACGUGAAGAUAAACUAUGAAAUAUAUGCUAGAUAUGGUGGGUUGCCAUCUCUUGACAGUUGGGAUUAUUAUUAUGCAAACAGAACAAGAAGCAGUGAUGGUUCCAUGUUUUUCACGUCGUAUAAUUCAACUGAAGAAAAGAUUGAUUUUUACAUUCUAUACGUCAAGGAAGGAACUUGGACAUUUGGAUUAAGGUCUUUAAAUACCACCAUCAUCCCUUCAAAUGAUCAGACUGUCAUGUCAGUCUCUGUUGAGAGAUGCCCAAAAAGAUGCUCCUCUCAUGGGGCAUGCAAAGUAGCUCUGGAUGCCAGUGGAUUAGCUUCAUACAGCUUCUGCUCCUGUGAUCGAACGCAUGGGGGAUUUGACUGUAGCAUCGAGAUUGUAUCACAUCAAGGUCACAUAUGGCAAUCGAUUGCUCUAAUUGGAUCAAAUGCUGCAGCUAUACUUCCUGCAUAUUGGGCUCUUAGGCAUAAGGCAUUUGCAGAAUGGGUUAUCUUUACUUCUAGUGGAAUUUCAAGUGGAUUAUAUCAUGCAUGUGAUGUAGGCACCUGGUGUGCAUUAUCCUUUGGCGUCUUACAGUUCAUGGACUUUUGGCUGUCUUUCAUGGCAGUGGUGAGCACUUUUAUAUACUUAACCACCAUUGAUGAAGUCUCUAAACGAGCGAUUCACACAGUUGUUGCCAUCCUCACAGCCCUAAUGGCGAUAACUAAGGCAACCAGGUAUGUUUCAAGUUUGUCUGAUGCAUUUAGCAGGGUACUGUGGGAAUUUAAGCAUGUAAGGUUGAUUAAACUCUGCAGGUCUUCUAAUAUUAUUCUUGUGAUGGCAAUUGGGGCACUUGGUCUUCUCAUUGGAUGGUUGGUAGAAUUCUCUACCAAUUUAAGCUCACUUUCAUUUUCAAGGGGAUUCUGUUUAAAUGUGCCCACAAGGUGGGAAACCAUCGGAGCCCAGCUCAGUAAUUUAGUCAAGACACUUUUGAGAAGAUUCCGAUGGGGUUUUGUGCUAGCAGGGUUUUCUGCCCUGGCCAUGGCAGCAAUAAGCUGGAAGCUGGAAAGCAGCGAAAGCUACUGGAUAUGGCACAGUCUGUGGCAUGUCACCAUAUAUACAUCUUCCUUCCUGUUCCUUUGUUCAAAAGUCGACAAAAUUAUAAAUAGCGAAAAUGAAACAACCCCAGAUGGAAACUAUGGGUUGACGCGGCAGGAUUCAUUUUCAAGAGCUGAGCCAUAGUUAGAGGGAGGAGGAGAGAUUUUUGCAGAAUUUAGCCCUCAACUCCUGAAAGAAAAUAAGCUAUCCCCAGUACAUAUGAGAAAAUGUAGCCUGUCCAUACUGAACAAGACUUGCUCGAUUGUAUCUGCUAAAGCAGCUCUUACCGAAGUAAAACAUGCGUCCUACUACAUCAACAAAAGCCGUAUUGCCAAUUCUUCUUCUCAUAAAUAUGAACCCUUUUUUGCCAGGAUAUUUCUUCUUUUACAUUUCUGUUUGUGUACAAACAAAGGUAGGUUCGACAGGUUAGGGAAUUAAGAAAAGACGGAAAUAUUGAAAAGAUUUAGGGGGAAUAGAUCCACCAUUGAGAUGAAUUUCUUGAUCUAUCAGUCUUGUAAGAUUAUGUCGGUUAUUUGAUACAUUUUUCUUAUUAAUUAAAUUUAACUUACUCAUCA